AUGGAGAACAAAACUGUCCCAAUGGAUAUUCUACAGCUGUUGGGGUUAAAGAUCAGCCCUGAGUCCUCCAUUCCCGCCUUCAUCAUCCUCCUCCUCGUCUACAUCUUCAUCAUGGCGUCCAACAUCGGCCUGGACCUCCACCAGCCCAUGUAUCUGCUCUUCUGCAACAUGAGUAUCAACGAUGUUAUUGGGGCCACGGUCAUAAUUCCUCGCUUGCUGAGCGAUGUUUUUACUCCAAUGACAGAGCGGUACAUCCAUUACAUAGACUGUGUCAUCCUGGCCUUCUGUGCUCACUUUCACGGAGGCGCCUCACUUACAGUACAGAUAAUCAUGGCUUUCGACCGGUACGUGGCCAUCUGCAACCCCCUGCGUUACGCCACCAUCAUGACCAACAGGAUGGUGGCAAAGCUGUCGGUUGGAGCCUGGGUGGCGGCCUUUCUCUUGAUUGCAGUCAGCGUAGGCCUCAGCGUUCGCCUGUCACGCUGCAGGAGAGUUGUACUCAACCCGUUCUGCGACAACGCCUCCCUGCUCAAGCUCUCUUGCGAAAACGUUAUUGUCAACCAAAUCUACGGCCUCAUUAGCGCCAUGGGCACGAUGUCCGUGUCCAUGUGCAGUGUAACGCUCUCCUACCUGAGGAUCGCCAUAGUGUGUUUGAGUAGUAAGAACAAGGCUCUGAACAGCCAGGCGCUGCAGACCUGCUCCACCCACCUGGCUGCGUACGUCAUCCUUCACAUGUCAGGCAGCAUCAUCAUCAUCCGCCAUCGUUUCCCUGACUUGUCAGACGAAAGGAAGCUAACGUCCAUCUUGUUCCAUGUGAUUCCUCCUGCUAUGAACGCUGUUAUCUAUGGAUUGCAAAUCAAAGCAGUCAAACGGAAAAUUAUAAUUAUAUUUAACAGGAAUAAAAUGACUGUGUCACAAGUGAAAUGA